UCUCUCUCCCUCUGUCCUCCUCAUAAAUCUAUUGGUUGUGGUCUCGGCUCCACUAUCCAAUGCUUUGCUGAUCAGACUGCAGUUGUAUUUGGGGGAAGUUGGCAGCUGGCGGCUCACGGCGAAAGGCUUUCCUCCUCUCUCCCGGCGCUUGGACAGUGGAAUUAUGAGCAGAGCUGACCCAGCCUUUAUCACCCUGUCUUGAAUCUGUUUCUGUUUCACACCGCGAGAAAUUGAACCCCGACCAUGGAGAUUGGAGUCCGCAUACUCUUGGCUUUCCUCGUCCCCCAGGUUGCCCUUGUGGGUGGCCAAGGGGAUGGAGGCCACGAGGGCUGUGUACCUGGCUUCCAGGUCAAACACUACCAGGUGGCGUACAGCGGAGUUUUCCAGAAGGGUCAGGCACUCCUACAAGUUGAGUUUGACGACUGUGCAGGGAACGAAGAUGUGAAGUUUGAGGUGUCGGACCCCAGAUUCCACGUGGACGGAGAUCUGAAUCUGGUUCCUCAGCGAGAUGUCCUGUACAGCCGGCCAGUCCUGUUUAUCCACGGGCUCAGUGCACGUGCAGAUGACACGGCACAAGUGGAAGUCACUGGACUGCCGGUCCAGUCACCGCACGCUCUCAGGGAUAUCCUGGGUGUUGGCCAGACACUGCCAUUCAGAUCUAAGAGAUCCCUGCUGGUCCCUCCUAUGAUUGUAACUGAGAACCAGAGAGCUCCCUUCCCCAGGAUCAUUGGCAGGUCUCAUGUGAUUUCAACAGAGACGUUAGGGAACCAUAUCUUCCGUCUGACAGGCCCCGGCGCUGACCAGGAUCCCAAAGGUCUCUUCACCAUUGACAUAGACACAGGAGUCGUGUCAGUCAGCCGCUCACUGGACCGGGAGGCCAUUGACUCAUACCAGCUGGAAGUUUCAACCACAGACUUUGCUGGAAACCUUGUUGAGGGACCGGCCAUGCUAGUGAUCACCGUCAUCGACCAAAAUGACAACCGGCCCAUCUUCAAAGAGACACGCUACACAGGAGAGGUGCUCGAGGGAUCCCCUACAGGAACCACAGUGAUGACAAUGACGGCAUUCGACGCAGAUGACCCCGCCACAGAUAACGCAGCGUUGCGUUACAACAUCGUCAGGCAGUCGCCAGACAAGCCUUUCCCCAACAUGUUCUACAUCGAUGCAGAAAGAGGAGACAUCGUCACUGUCAUCUCCGACAAGUUGCUUGACAGAGAGACACUGCCGACCACAACAUACGAGUUAGAGAUUGUGGCCAAGGACAUGGCAGGAAGUGAGGUGGGCCUAACAGGAACAGCCACAGCUACCAUUACCAUCACAGACAAGAACGACCAUGCCCCUGAGUUCACACAUCCGCUGUUCGAGGCAUAUGUGUACGAGGGCUCGACAGGUGUGGUGGUCAACCUGACAGUAGACGACAGGGACGACCCAGACACGGGGGCAUGGAGAGCGAUUUACUCUAUAAUUAACGGAGAUCCCACGCUGAGCUUUGAGAUCCAAACCAACCCAGACAAUAACGAGGGCAUGCUGUCUGUCAUCAAGCCUCUGGACUAUGAGGCCACAGCAUUCCACACGCUACUCAUCAAAGUGGAGAAUGAGGAUGCUCUGGUUCCUGAUGUAGGCUAUGGCCCCAGCUCUACAGCCACUGUACACGUCACAGUCCUGGACAUCAACGAGGGCCCCGUCUUCUUCCCCGACCCCCUGACAGUCACCAGGAUGGAAAACAUUCCUUUGGGCAGUUUUGUGGCCUCACUCAAUGCCACAGAUCCAGAUAUAUUACAGACACAGAGCGUCAGGUAUGCUGUCCUUCAAGACCCAGCAGGCUGGCUAAGUGUGAACCCAGUCAAAGGCAUUGUCAACACUUCAGCCCCGCUGGACCGUGAGUCUCCUUAUGUCCAUGACAAUAAAUACACAGCAGUCUUCAUCGCCACAGAUAACGGCAGCCCUCCAGCCACAGGUACCGGCUCAUUGGUCAUUUACCUGGAGGACUACAAUGACAAUGCUCCUUAUGUGGUACCGUCGGUAGCACGGGUGUGUGAAGACACCCAUGACAUCAGUGUGGCCAUAGUUGGGGGGCGGGACAAAGACCUUCCGCCCAACGCUGCACCCUUUAAGAUAGAACUGGGAAAACAGCCUGGCCUCGAUAAAACAUGGAAGGUUACCAGGGUCAACUCUACACACUCCCAAAUCACGCUUUUGCACAGUCUGAAGAAAGCCAACUACCAGCUCCCGUUGCUCAUCACUGACUCAGGGGUGCCCCCCUUGUCCAACAACACAGAGGUCAAAGUUCAAGUCUGCGUCUGUAAGAAGGGCAAGAUGCACUGCAGUUCUGCCCACUCCCACCGUGCCAGCCUUCUCGUGCUGCUCGCGACACUCCUGCUCGUCCUACUCUGCCUGUAGAUUCUGCUGAAACCUCCCGUAGUCCUUUUUGCAACACUGAAAAGCAACGACUUAUCUCCCCCACGCAACCCAGGCUUAGGAGAGAAGAAGAAGAAGAAGACGAAAAAGAAGAUGAAGAAGCGAGAAGAAGUCUUCUCACCGCGACAAAUCAAACAAGAAAAUACACACAAUCCCCACUGGCACAACUGCUGUACAACACCACUCUGAGUUUUUUGGGGGUUUUUUUCUUUAAAUCUCUCACUUAUCCUCUUGCCGCCCUCAUCUCCUUCGCUUCAUCUUUACUUUCCUUGAAGCAUAUGUCCUUCCGUACUUCGGUUUCCUCUCAUCUCAUCUUCUCAUGUUUUCCUGACUCUGUUUGACGUUCUUUUUCUCUAUCUUUCCUCUCCCUUGUGCGCUUUCUCCACCAUUGAUUAUUCCAUUUCUCUUUUUACAUUUUUCAUUGUAUUUCAUUUUGGCAGUGCACCAUUACACUGGCAGACAAACAUUGGGUGUUAGCAGCGUUCAUGGCAAUACGCCACAUCCGUAGGAGAUACUUGAAACAACAUGUAUAUUGAUAUUGUAACAAAACAAAAGCUAUAAAUCAAUUUCGUAUUGGACCUCACUUUAAACCUCUGGUCUUUUCCCACAGUUCAUCUGAAACCUCUCGUUCCAUUCCAGUAUUCCUUUUUCUCCUCCUUCCCUCUUUUUUUCUCUCAUAGCUACCUCUAUUGCUCUGUUGUCGCCCCCCCCCCCUGCUCCAUCCUUCCUUCCCACACCCUCACCGUGCAUAUGCAUCAUCCCACUAUCUAUCUGCCUCUCCUUCCCCAUCUCCCCCGUCUAUCUAUCGACCUCUCUCUGUCUCGGCAGGCCAGGGAACACUGCGAAGGCUGAGCUACUGUCCUGGUCGGGGGAAGAGCAUUGACUUUUUGAUGUGUUCCUUUCUUUUCUCGUCACAGACUGUGUUUGAUCUUGUUUCCCUCUUUAAGCGGAGAGAACAAAGCCUGUUUCUUUGUCUGCAGUGGUUGUGGUCUUUUAGGACAAGGUGGUAGCCAUAAGCCUUCAAAGUCGGAAACUCUCUGGAGUCGUUUCUUCGAUUUGCUUCUGUUUUUAUUGCAUUAGUUGUCAUGGAGUGGAAAACAGUAUAUCUUUAUAGUAACGGUGUAAACCUUAAAAAAAAAAAGUACUAUUAUAUAAAUAUUUUAUUUUUUACCAUUGUAUAAAUAUACAGUAUUGAUUAACUUAUGUACUUUGAUUGCAAGUUCUUUUGUCAACCACACAGUGCGUAAAUAAAAAAGAGGAAACCUUUUUUCUGUGAAUUUUAGGCACUAUUUCUAAUGCUAUUGAUGUGUUGACUAUUUUAUUGUAACAUCUUUUUUUGUUAUACUUUUUUUUAUAAUUUUGAAAUCUGUGAUUAAUUGCAGAAUCAGGAGUCUUGUUUUGAUGGCUGCCAUGUGUUUAGGUUCAAGUUUGUCUCCCGUCAAUUCUGCCCCCCUCCUGUUCUCUCUCCUUCUGUCAUUACAAGUCACAAGAAGAUGUGUAAGAAGAAAACAAAGGCUGUGGUUUUGGUGGAUAGUCUCCCUUUUUUUUCUCUUGCGCUCAUCAAAAAAAACGUAGCGUGUGUGGGUUUGUGUGGAGGACCACCUUAAAGAAAAAGAUGACAUUUUGAAUGAGUUACGUCUGUCUUUUGCACUAAUUUAAUAAAGCCGUUACUGAAAAUUCCCACAA